UUCAUCUUUGGGGUGGGAACCGUCGUAAAACUGAUCGCAAUAUCGACUUUCAUCAAAAACAUUACGAAUUCUGGAUGCGUUCCCGUAAACGUGGCAACUUCUGGAUUCAAAAGUAUGGAGAAAAUGGUCGGAAAAUUUCGCCAGAAUCGAAUAAUGGUGAAAACAUUCAACAACUGUUACCAAACCGUGUACUUCACUUACAUGAUGACGUUCGUGGUCACGCUUGGAAUUCUGUUCAUGUACGGACUACUCAAGUUCCAUGAAAAGGCUUCCAUUGUAUCCCUCGUGUUCAUCAUAUCCGUCAUCGUGGACUACUUUCUCGUCGUCCUCCUCUCUUACACUUUCGUCGGAAAUAUCUUCUUCGAAUCGACCCGGCUCCGGGUUACGUGGAAAAAAUUGGACGCCGGACCGAGGAAAAUGGAAUUGUGUAAGCGCAUAGUCCAAUCCUGCCCCUCAAUAAAGAUCAAAAUGGCGUCGGUCAACUUUGUCGAGAGGAUCACGGCCCUGAACGUGCUCGACUUCGGCUUCCAUCAAGCCGUUUCCCUCGCACUGAUUUGAGUUGAGUUGAGCGCUAUAAAUAGAUUGUUGGCAGUAUGUAUGUAAAUAAUUCGCUGAUUGUAGAUAGUAUCUACUAGAUACAUAUACUAACAAAAAUAGUGUUACCUCCUUGAACAGGAAAUACACUCUAAAUUUUAAACUAAUUAUAAUUAAACUAUACCAAAUCCAGUCCAAAGUAAACUUUGCUCUUUAUCAAGUUAGCCUUAAUCUAGAUUUUUUUAGUAACCUAGAAUUCAGAGUGCAUUUACAUGCAUUUUAAAAGGGUGACACUAGUUUUAAGAGAGUAUACCUACAUAUAUUGACAGAGCUGCAAAAUUUGUGCACAAAUCAUAGCCACUUUGAUAUACAUGUAAAUUUUGAUUCGCACUGCACUGUUAUUCGUACUGUAUAAA